CUAUACUGAACGGAUGAAAAAGACGGAGCAAAGUGGGGUGGAACCGAUGGUAGCAGAAGCCGAAGAGAAGUCUCGUCCAACGAGUAGAAUCGUACGAACCUUCAUCGUGGCCGCAGCAGCGGAUCCUUACACUCUGGUGCGCACGUUAACAGCACGUUCACGAUAAGACAGCCAGCCGAUUACGUUGCGGCAAAUUCGUUUGUUAAACGAGAGUUCCAACGAGAGGCAUACGUAGCACCGACGACGAACGAGCCGAAUUUUUAACCGAAAAGGAACAGAAAAACGAACUGAAAGAGGGAACAAAAAUGGUUUACGAGAGCGACUUCUACACAACUCGACGACCCUACUCACGGCCUCUCGUUUCGUCCUACAGCGUCACGGACCGGCCGAUAGUCUUACCGAUCUCCACGAUUCUUCAGUUGAGAAGCAUUCCUCGCAUGCCAUACGUGGCUCAUAAACGGCUCGUGACUGUAAUCCACUUGCCGUACCAUACCGUGUACCAUGGCGGCAGUGUACCAUCGCUGAUACCGAUAAGAGUUCAUGCGCGCGUACGUCCCAGCGUCCUUGCAGCUGAGAUCAACAGGAUACGCAACCUGACGAGACCGUCGACCGAAUCCUACACGGAAAAGUAUCUACAAUCCAAGGAUCACAUCUACUUCGACGACGAGGCGAGGGAAAUACGUGCGAGAGUGGAUUCCCUACUUCGACGAGUUCACGUCUUCAUUCCACGAGCCGUAGCAAGCGACUUCGCGGAAGAGAUAGUGCCAGAACGUAUGCGCAGCGGGGAUUACGUUCGUCGAUUGAUCUCCGGGAAGCAGAACGCAAAGAAAGACACAUCGAUAGAGCCGAUUUCCUGGUACGAAGUGCCCGAUCGAGGUAACUUCGGCAAUCUGGCUUGCGUUAAGUAUGUUGCCGGCAAGCCGCAGUCGGUCAGGAAACCCUACUUCAAAGUUGCCGAUUUACGUCCCUCGGACAUCAAAAACGAUGUCAAUUUUCUGAGUUACUACAGCAAGAAUCGCGAAGCGGCGGCUAACGCCUCGCAAGAUAUGCCGAUGACGGAAAGAGAAUUACGCAAGGCGCGAGCAUUGCAACCUGAUUUGGACGAGUCAGCGCUGAGGAAAGCAGUUAGAACAGACAAAGAAACGGAAUCGAAACCAGAAAAUAAACAUGGAUCAAAGCGGGAAAAAGCGGAAACGAAAGACGAAGCGGUCAAAACGUCUGUGAAAGAGCCAGAGCCGGUAAAAGAGGUUCAAGCUGAACCUGUGAAAGAACCUGAAGUUGUAUCAGAAAUCACAGCUCAACCUGAACCUGUAUCUGUGAAAGAGCCUGAACCGGUGAAAGAACCUGAACCGGUGAAAGAACCUGAACCUGCAAAAGCACCUGAACCAGUAAAAGAACCUAAAUCUUUGAAAAGAGCCAAACGUGCGAAAGAACCGGAGCCUGUGAAGGAAGCAGAACCCACAAAAGAACCAGAGCCUGUGAAGGAAGCAGAAUCCGCAAAGGAACCAGAGCCUGUGAAGGAAGCAGAAUCCGCAAAGGAACCAGAGCCUGUGAAAGAACCAGAAGCUGCGAAACAGGCAGAACCUGUGGAGGUACCGGAACCUGUAAAAGAACCGGAACCAGAAACUGCAAAAGAGGCUGAAGCUGCGAACGAGCCAGAAUCUGAGCUCGCGAAGGAAGUAGAAGUCGCGAAGGAACCUGAACCACCUGCGGUAGAAUCAGCAAAAUCGCUAGAAUCGGAAAAUCCACCGGAAAGUGUGGAGCAGCCAGUAUCAGAAGUGGUUCAAGAACCGGUAUCUGGGCUAGAAUCCAAACAAGACCCUAUACCGGAAACGAAUUCAGAACCACAAGCUACAGAAGCUGUAAGUCAGUCGGAAAAAACAGACGAGAAGGAGGCAACGAAUGAAAACGUGAAACAAGACAAGGAGGAGGCGAUCAAGAGAAUAGAGACUUAUCUUGUUAAAGCUGCUGAAGAGGCAAGGAGUGAGGAGGAAAAGAGACAAGCAGCGGAAGAGGAAAGAGUGAGACUCGAAGUCGACGAGCUAAAGGCAUGGGAAGCACUGAAAAUAGCACAGGAACGUGUAGCUCAUCUCGAUGAAAUUGUCGAGCAAGAGCAAGCUGAAGCUCAAAGGCAAGCUGAGGAGAAGAAACUGGAAGCUGAACGAUUAGAAACUGAAAGAAUACUGGAAGAAGAAAGGAAAAUAGCAGAAGCAAAAACAACGGCUUUGUUGAAACAACAGGAGCAAGCCAUCAUAGAGGAGAAGAUUCGUCAACAGGAAGAAAAAGAAGAGAGAUUAGCGAAUGUUACGUUUGACGACGCAGACGAAGUGAAAGACAUCGAUCAUUCUUGCGACGAUGUGGUUACAUGCGAUCUCACUGAUCAGGAAAGGGAAGAAAGGCCUUAUGAUCCAAUUACAGACGAUGAUACAAGGAUCGAGGAGGAAGCGCAUGAAGAAGAACACUUCGAGUUGUCGGAGGAUCCUUUCGUCGAGGAACCAGAUGGAGCAGAAAGUAGACCCGUAACUGGUGGGAACGCGAUCGAAGAAUCGCCAAAAAUCGAAGAGGUAACGUCUGGCGGCGAAGAGUGUUUCGAAUGGGGUGACGAAAACGCUUAGAAGUUCCUCAAAAAUUGCAUCACUUACAAUCGUUGAAUACAUACAUGCAAUCAUUAUCGCGUUCCGACUAUAUUAUCAUCUCAUUAAAUCGACAAGGAUGAACAUUCGCCGAUUACGAAUGUCGUCAAAUAUCGUUCAGUUGAAAUUAUUUCAAGUCUUUUCUUUCUUUAUCAGCUUCGAACCAUUGCGCAUCUAUUGUUAAUGUUGCAAAUUUCGUACAUACACGUACGAUUUGUUGCUAUGGAGAUAAAACCACUUAAUCGAGGGCAUCGAUUUUUGUUGGUUUGCCGAUAGCAAAGAUUUUAUGGUUAAUACGUUGACUACCAUAAUGGCCAUCAAUGACGUUUCUGUUUCUACGAACAGUUCAAAAUAAUUCAAAUUUAAAUUCUAUAGAACGAAAAAUACGUAAUUUUAUUACACAUAACAUUUUGUAACUUUUUCUAAUUCGUAAUAUUUUCGUCUUAUCCGUGUUAAAAUAUUUUCUAAUUUUCUAAUUCAAUAUUCCGUCCUAUGAGGCGAAACGUAUAAAUCUCGCGUGGCAGUCAACGUGUUAAAUGUCGUAUUAAAAUGAUCCUCGCAAUGAAUGACUGCACUUAUUUAACAUCGCGUCGAUUGUUAAGCGAUUUUAUAUUGUUUGCGUAGUUCUAUUAUAAGCCACGAAUAGAUCAGGAAUAGAACUGUGCAAAUCGAGCGCCAAAAAUAUAAACAAAAAAAAAGAAAAAGAUGAUUUCUUGUUCGGACGAAGAAAUUGCUUAGUUAAUGUUCGAUUACAUAAAGAAUAUUGUAUAUAUGAUUGUAUUUAUUUUAUGUAAUUAUCACGUCAUUAUACACUUCUAUUUCAACAUUUUACUUGAUCAGUGAAAGAAACCAGUAUCAGAGAAUGUUUUAUUAGGUCUUACGUAAUGUAUAAAUAAUGUACGCUAAUUUAGGGAGUCUAGGUUGUUGAGGAAACAAACUGCACUUUAUUUUGUGUUAUUUCACGUUGUUGAACAUGAACGCACUUUAUUGAUUGCGAGCGGUCGCAACGUGUCUAAUGCGAGCUGAUUCAGGAAAUACCCCAGGUAUACUCGUAGACGUUGUGGAAGUAGGCUUAUGGUUGAAUUUUAAGAUGUCUUAACUAUUGUCGCAAAUGCGCCUAAGUCGGCUCUUAAUGCGUCGACAAGACCAACUUUCUUUGUGUCCUUCUCAUCAAUCACGCGAUUAAGAAGAUAAAUGUUUUUUUUUUUUUUUGGCUUGUACCGUUUGGUAAAGGUCAGUUCCAUAAAGUAAUUUUCACAAUUAGCUAUACCAAACCAUUAACUUCAUGUCGGUUACACUAGAAACAGAAAAUCGAUGGAAUUUUAUAAUAACUACGUGAAAUUAAAUAUACAUAUCUGCAAUAUUUUGAAUGAUAGUCUUUUUCAGCAUGCUUGUAAGAAAAAAAAGGAAAAAAAAAUUUACGUAUUUAUUAAUUGCUAUGAUGUUUCUAUACUGAAUUUACACUGUACUUUUCAUAUUUCUAACAGUUCUGUAUAUAUUAUAUUCACACGAUAUUUAUUUCGAUUACACUUCUACAGUAAUAAAUAUUAACAUUUGAGUA